AACUAUUACAAGGUGCUAAUUUGAGCUAUGUUGACAAUCCACGUGUAUAUGAAAAAAAAUUUGUUACACAUUUAGCAAGAGCCCCGAGCCAUCGUAACAUUGUUCAGGAAUGGUGAACGGCAAAUCUGUCAUGCGAUGGACUCCCCCGGUACUUGGUCUUGGCAUACCACCGCUCCACUAUGACAAGCCAAAGGAAUGGAGAAUUGGGGAACAUAUCCGGAACGAUACCAUAUGUCGCGGGGACUGGAUUUGUGUCGUAUAAACAAUUUCACCAAUCAGAUAUUUCUCCUCUUGUGUUAUUGCUAAUAUGGGGUGGAUAUUGGUGUUGUUGUUACCGAGAGUAUAAGACGCGAGAACUGCGUAAAAGUGUGACCGAGCUUGGAAGGAGAGAACGCGAUCACAAUGCCGCCACCAAAUGCCGUGCGAAGGGCAACGCAACUGAGGAAGUUAUGAAGAAUAAGCAACGAAUGGAGCCGCGAAAGAAACCAAGUAUUGCCAGAUUGGCGAAGGAAUGA